GACAGCUCAUUUCAUGUUUUGUGGAACAUUCACAGCUUAUAGAACUUGUCUUUUAUAGUGAGUGACUCUUGGUCGGUCGACAGACCGUCAGCAGAAGGUGAUGAAGAAACAAUCCCGGCAGGCGCUACUGCUCUGGUGCAGAUAAGGGCAAAUAGACAAGGAGGCGGUGAAUGACGGAAAAUUCAUACACUCUUCUCGCGGCUACCUUGGCCGGAUGCGGCGGCUGGGGCGGCGGAAGCAGAGACAAUGCCAUGAACGCUUCCGUUAUGAACUCGUUCCGUUUCUCCACGGUCUUCGACAUGUUAGCUCUCCAUGUCCGCGCUCAACCGGAGAGUAGCAUCUCAGAGUUCUUCGAAUUAUGCAUCUCCCUUGCCAGACACAUUGAUUUUGCCAUUGCAAGUAAGAAAGUCCCAACUAAAGCGCCAGAGUUGCCUUCACUUUUUAAACAGGUCUGCCAACGAAAAUAUGACCCUACUAUGGAAAUUGCUAUAAUGGUUCUAAUGGCUUCUGCAAAGAGUGCUAGUCAGAGUGGGUGGUUUUCUGAAAAAGAUUCUCAAGAUAUAUGCCAUCUCGCAAAUGAGAUAUCUAGUAACAUCUGCAGUACUACAGAUUUUAAAAGUGAGGCUAGUGGUUCUCUGUCCAUUAUCUCAACAAUUAUGACAAGAUUUUUUCCCACAAUGAAAAUUGGUCACAUACUCGCCUUUCUAGAAGUCAAGCCAGGAUUUGGUGCAUUCGUGAAUGCCUUUCACAUAGCGAGGGAUGUGGAUUUUUCUCCUGAAGAGAAGAUAAUGUUACUUGUAGCCCAAGCAGAUAAUAUGGAGACAUCAUCUUGUCUCAUAAGCCCCCCUCAAGUGAACUUUCUCAUCAACGGGAGUGAAGUUAAAAGGCGAACAGCAGGAUUUAUGGACUCUGGACCUCAAGCUCCAACGCUGAUUUCAAAUAUGCUUGAGUGUGGAGCAAAUCUUCUUCAAGCUGUAGGCGAGUUUAAUGGAAAAUUCAUUAUCGUUGUUGCAUAUAUUAGCAUGAUGUCAACUCCAGGUCCUGCCACCCUUCAAAAUUAUGUGCUGCCUGCUCCUGCUUUGGAAGAUCCUGAACUGGAUAUAAUUGUUGGACCAUCAAGAAUAUCCCUCAACUGUCCCAUAAGCUUCAAGCGUAUUAAGACUCCUAUUAAAGGCCACUCAUGCAAACAUCUUAAGUGCUUUGAUUAUGACAACUAUGUGAGCAUAAAUUCUAAAAGACCAUCCUGGCGUUGCCCUCAUUGCAAUCAGCAUGUAUGCUUCACUGACAUCCGUUUCGAUCAAUCUUUUUUCAAGGUUUUGAAAGAAGUCACAGAGAAUGUCACUGAUGUGAUAAUCUAUUCAGAUGGUUCAUGGAAGGCAAUAAUUGAAAGUGAUGGUGAGCAUCAUAAUCAUCCCAAUAAUAAUAGUAACAAACAGAUGCCAGAUACAAGCCCCGAAUUCGCAGAGGGUGAAAUGGGGCCGCCAUAUUGUAACCCACACAUAGAUAUUUUGGAUCUCACUGCAUUGGACAAUAAUGAAAAGGGAACAGAGGACGAAAUUGUUGACCAAAAAGAAUCACAAACCAAAUACCAAGGUCAACCUUGCACAAACUACUAUCCAUUCAACGCAGUCGGGGAGGAUUUCUGGUCAACAACUUUUCUCUCCACAUUUGGAUUGGGCAGUGCACCAAAUCAGCAGACCACUAAUAGUAUUUCAGCCUCUAUGAUGCAUGGUGGAGUUGGAGGGCCUUCUCCCAGAAAUACCUUGCCCUUACACUGGCCCCAAUCUGGUAAUUCACCAAAUUCUCCGUUUAGCUAUGGAAUGCACCAGCAGUAUCCCACAAUCCCUUAUAAUGUGAAUACUCUCCAUGAGUUGCAGCAGCUGCACCGUUUAUUCCCUUCUUCUGCUCACCCCACUCAACAAUUAAACUCAAGUCAGAGGACACCCUAUUUGACUACUCAAUCACAACGGGCCCCUGCUCGAUCAUAUGCUUCAAGUGGGAUUGGUCGGUCAAAUGGUGCUUUCCAGCACAGCAUGCAUGCUCCUCGUCCUCUAGUGAACCCAACACGAGGUGAUCAAAGCAGGAAUAUAGUGGGCCGCGCACCUGUGGAUUCGACAGGCUGGAGGCCUGCGAGCCGUAUGCGUGGUAGCCUAUCGGGGCAAGCUUAUGAUGAUGCACUUGGGCAGUACCUCAUACAUCAUCCGCCGCGAGCUCAAUCCAACACACCAGCUAAUGUCUCGCCCCAAUUACAAGCCCUCAUUGCUAACAGAGUUGGUCAUGCAUCUGCUUCCUUGGUAAACCACUCAUCUACAGGAUGAAACCGUAUAGAAUGUUACCAUUUUUGCUCCUUUAUUUAUAAAUAUCACACGUCAAAAGAAAGGAACAUAUCGUCUAUAGUUUUAGAGUUAUGUGCUUAGCCGAAGCCAAACGAAAUCCACUGAAGUAUUUGAACACACGUGAUGGGAGCAAAAGAUAUUCCUCAUAUUUUGGGUUGCUGAGAUAAUAUACUGAAGAGUCCUGCAAAUGCUCUUGCACCUCAAUUAUACGAUAGUAUAUACUUCUAUUUGCAAGUCCUAAACAAGACACUGUUGCAUCUCAUUCUCUUACUCUUAUAGUUCUAUGUAUAACAGAGAGUAUCAGUCUGUAUAAUGAAAUUCAUUAACAAUGAUUAAUAAUGAUAUAUUACCCUUUCAGGUUGGAGGAUGAAACUGAUAAGUGCCCAUCUUUAGUUACCAAAAGAUGAAGUUUUUUCUGCCCAAAAACUGUAUUAUGUUUGCUCUCUAAACAUGGGUCAAAACAUGACUUGCAAAAUGAUUACCCCAUGGACACACUAAAAAGUGGCUAUCUUCAAGCUGUAGCUCUAUCACAUUGCAAGAAAAAAUAUGCAUGCGAGUUGAUUAAUUGAGUAAUCAACCAACGGACUCCAUGCAAUCCCUUCAAUCCUAGGACUCUUUGUUUUGCCUAUACUGAUGACACAAUCACCAUAUAUUGCUUCUUUGUUUUCCAAGACAUAGUCCAGACAAGCUCGAGAUCUACGUUGGCAACACGUUAGGGGAGACAUUACUCAAUUUGUGUCACCACCCACAAAAUUGCAAUUCACCUUCUCAUUUUAAUAAAACACUUGUGCAGAAUUGCUCUUCAAACAUUGAACCACCUUUAACACAAUAUCCAACUAGUAUUUGAGUUGACACCAGUAAAUCUUGGUUGAGACUCCUUGCCAACUUAAUACUCUAAAACAUUCGACUGUCACAUGCAUCAUAUGAAAACAUUCAUUCUAGAGUUGUAUUGUUCUUAUGGAGAACAAGUUCAACAAAAUGUAGUUUUCUCAAUAAAGAAGAUGGUGUAAAUUGAAGCUUACGACAGUGUUGUAUUUGUGUAAAUUUGUUUGAACUAGAGUUGCUGUUCAGUAAUCUCCCCCAAAACUAUAGGACUUUUGCAGCUCCUUUGCCCACACCAUCACACACUCCGUAGUAUUAUGGAGUGGCAUGCAGGGGCGUAGCUAGGGGGACAUACUAGCUAGGUCCUGCUCCGCUUCAAAUUUUAGAAAUGCUUCUAUUCGUAGUGUUAAGAACAAUAUAAAAAAUAUUUUGAAAAAUUCUUUGUACGGCCCGUCAUGGGCAACAUGCAGAUGUCUUCCAGCAUUUUCCUAUUCUCCCUAUAAAUAGGAGUGUUCUUGUUUGCUCAAAUCUAUUAAACCAUACUAAUUAAUCCAUAAAAAUCAUGCUCUCAAAUAGAUGCCUCUGUAACUUUAUCACAAGAUAAUUACUUGAAGAUAAUGCCAAUACUGUAUGAAUACAAGGAGAAAACGAAAGAAAGUAGGAAGAUAAGAGGUUGAACAAUGUGAUAACGAAAUGGUCAAAUGCUCAAAGCCUCAGAUAACAAAAGAAGGGGAAAACAGAAAAGAACUUAGUGGGUAAGUAAUGAAGUGAAAUUAGCACGUUUAGCCUUUUCUAGCAAAGCAGUUGAGCUGAUUCCAUUAGGUAAAAAAUAGUUGGCCUUUAUCUCCGAGUAAUGAAUUAAUUUAAUAAUAAGUUAAUAACUUUGUAACAUACAAUCCAUAUCGUUUACGGUAGAAUCAGUUCCAGUUCCGAAACCAGAUCAAUUCUCAAAUAGUUGGUUUUAUGACUGGACAUGAUUCUUUACAGAAGAUAUUGGAUGAUGCCAACUUUCAAAUUUCACUCAUAUCUGUUUAGUUUUGAUUCAAUUUCUCUCAUUCAAUUUGAACUUUGCCCCUAAGAUAACAUAUUAUACGCAUUUUUAAUAUUAAAAAUGACUUUAGAAAUUUCUCUCUCAUGAUAAAUUUUGGUCUUGUACAAGAGUAAGACUGUGUACAUCUAACCCCCUUACCCUAUUGUAGAUGGAAGACUUACAUUAAAUGAUGUUUAGGUAAUAUUAUUUGCGUUAAUUUUACAUAAAUCCUUGCAUUAUACAUAAUUUCUUUACUUUAUUUCUCGAAACUCAAACUUUAUAAAGCAACAUUUCUUUGUGGAUCGAUCUAAUAUUUUUUACAACAAUCAAAACUUGUAUACUUGCAAGUUAAGUUCGGUCUCCUACAUCGAACUGAACUAGCCAGAGUGGGGAAAACCGUGUUACGUUGAUUGGAUAAGUGAUAGGGGGAAUAAUCGAUUUAUAUGUAAACGGGUAAUGGGGUGGCUAUAGUUUUAUACUGAACCACCUUCGGAAUUGUUACCCUCCGUAACCACAUGUUUGUUUCGGAUAAAGUUACUUGCAUUAUUACUUGACCAGUUGACCCGCACAAUUAACUUAAAUAUUAGAUAGUAUAUUUUAAUAGAUUAUGUAUUUUAUUAUUUAAUAUAUUAAGGGUUCAUUUGGGAGUUUGAAGGGAAUAUGUAUGGAAGGUUUUGAAGGUUAGUCAUGAGAAGGGAAGGAUAGGGAAAGUGUUGAAAACCGUUCUUCUUGUUUCUUCUUGUUUGAGAGUAACAAGUUUGAAAAGAUAAAGGAGAACUACCAAAUAAGCUCUCGAACUUUCAUAAAAAGUGCAAAUAAGCCCUUUUAUUGGAGACUCUGUCCAGCCGUCACCAUUUGGGGAGGUUUCAGGUGGAAUUUUUUGAUGAACUUUUUUGAGUAUCUUCUUCAUUAAGUCUAGUUUAUUCAUACCAAAUUUCAGCUAAAAAUUCAAUCGCGAAGGUAGUCAAAUGAAUUUUUGAAGAUAACUGCGCAGUUAGAAAGCGUAAUAUAUUUCAGAAAAUCAUUUGACUGCCUUCUCGAUUGCAUUUUUAGCUGAAAUUUGGUAUAGGUAAACUAGACUUAAUGAAGAAGAUGCUCAAAAAAUUUUAUCAAAAAAUUCCACCGGAAACCACCCCAAAUGGCGACAGCGGGACAAAGCCUCCUGUAAAAGGGCUUAUUUGCAGUUUUUAUGAAAGUUCAAGGGCUUAUUUGAUAGUUCUCCCAAAAGAUUAAGAUUUUGAAUGAAUUAUAAUUAAAAUCACUUCACAUAUAUGAUGAAUUCAAAUAAUUGAGUUUAUAUUCAUUUAAAAUUAAGUUAAAGUUGUCAUUUAAUUAGUUGUCCUUCAAAAUCCCUCAAUUUGAAGGAACUUGAAAAUUAAGCAUUUGAAAAGUUUUGGAAGGUUAAAAAGCCUUCCAAAACCACCCCUCCAUAUAUUUUAACUCCUAAACAUGAAAGGGGGUCAUAAACCCUUAUCAACGGUACCCUUCCUUCAAAAACUCAACUCUCAAACACACUAAAUAUAUUAGAGUACGAUGCUCCUAUUUGGCUUAUUGACUGUUCUUCGCAGUCCCAGCGGCCCUCCAAAGUUCACUAUUUUAACUUUCAAAUUUUUAGUAUCCUUGAGCAGCGUUCACCUAUCUUCUUCAUUGAAUCUCCUCUAUUUGACUAACAAAUAAUUGUGAUUUUGAUUUUCCUAUUUAUGAGAAUGAAGAAACUAAUGAACUAGAUUUUAGAAUUCAAGAAAUCUAACUAUGAUACAGCUUGGAGAAUGUGGACGGACAGUGCUCUGUUUUUUAGUCACAAUUUUGUUUCAUAAGGGUUUGUUUAAUUAAUUUAUAUUUUAAAGUAAAUAGGGAGAACUAUCGAAUAAGCCCUCGAUCUUUCAUAAAAAAUGCAAAUAAGUUCUUUUUCAGGAAGCUUUGUCCGGUUGUCGUCAUUUGGGGCAGUUUCUGGUGGAACUUUUUGAUGAAAUUAUUUGAGCAUCUUCUUCAUUAAGUCUAGUUUCCACAUACCAAAUUUCAGCUAAAAAUGCAAUCAAGAAGGCAGUCAAAUGAUUUUCUGAAAUAUAAUGCGCUGUCUAACUGCGCAUUUAUCUUAAAGAAUUGAUUUGACUGCCUUCCGGAUUGAAUUUUUAGCUGAAAUUUUGUAUGAGUAAACUAGACUUAAUGAAGAAAAUGCUCAAAUAAUUUCAUCAAACGAUUCCACCGGAAACCACCCAAAUGGUGACAGCCGGACAAAGGCUCUUGAAAAAGGGCUUAUUUGCACUUUUUAUGAAAGUUCGAAGGCUUAAAUAAAAAACCUCGUAGAUUAAAGGACCAUUCAAAAUGUAAAUUGAAUGUUAGCAUCACCAUUAGUAUUUAGUAGUGCUAAGUAGAGCUAUAGAUCUUUUUUUUAGAACGUUAGGAGUUUUACCCCUUUCCCAACAGAGAACAAUAGAGUAAAGUACCUGAUGAGAGUGAACAAGAAGGAUUCAGAUUCUCUGCCUUAUUUCCAAGCAAGGCACCCUGCCCGGCCUUUGGGAGUCAUCCGAUCAAUACUUCAAAAGUUCAAAUGCGAGAGUUUUCGAGGUCCGCAUCUCGAGGCGUGACUUUCCCAUCGGACGGUCUCCCUGCCGCAAGGCACUCUGCCGUGCCGUAGAGGAUCCCAAUCCAAACAAGAAGGCCUGCAAUAGUUGCACUAAACGCGGCUAUAACAUCUUCCGCUCCAAAAAAACAAGCAACGUACCCGUAAUUAAAAGUACUCAUCAUUCUCUUUCUUUACUUUGUUAGUGAGAAAAAGUAUAAUGGGUAGAAGGUAAUUUGGUCAUGCGUGACACUUGGUGAUGAUGAUGAAGAUAAAUUUUGAUCUUGCGAAAUAUCCCUAUGAUCACAUGAACAAUGAUCAUACCGUUAGAUAAUACUACGUACAAAAUGGAAUAAAUAUUAAACUAUACCCGUAUUUGAGUGAAUGUGAGCUUCCAAUAUUUGUUAUUUGUAGAACUAGACUCCUUGUGUAUAGAUAAGGAACCAAAGGCGAUACGAUAAAGAUUUAAGUGUCAGAAAAACACAACUAAACAGAAAAUGAGAAAUAACAAUACAAAUACGGAAUACAUAAAAUGAAAUGCUAAGCAUACUCAAAUUGACUGAUUGAGCUGACUGUUCAAGCUUAUGAAGUUCUGAUUAAAAUGACUGAAUUGGAAUAUUCUGCCAAUUUAUGAUAUAUAGUAUGUAAAAUAUAGUUUAUUAAAAAAGUAAAGAAAAAAUUAUAUAUAAAGUAGUUAAAAUGACCAUCUACAAUCACUUCAGUCAAUUCAAUGAAAAGUAACUUCAAUUUUACUUAUUUUUAUUAUCACACAAUUCGAUGCACAAAAUCAAAAGUUACAUGUUUGAUGAAAAAGUUCGUUCAUAAGUAAUGAGCUUACAUACAUGAUAAGUUGAUCACCAAACGAGUUGUAAAGAUUAAAAAAUUAAAGAUUAAAUUAAAUUAAUAAAAUACUCUGUUUUGGCGAUCGAGCAUACAAAUUCGUCCAACGCCCAUCACCUACUUCUACUUGAACAUAUAUAAAUAUAUAUCCAUGCAGUGUCCUCCAAACGCGAAUUGACAAUCCCCCAUGGAAGGAGAUGAGUUACCGCCUUUGGGCAGCCAGCUGCCGCAGCUCCUCCCAUUCAUUCCGCCGUCUUUGCAACCGGUGAUGACGACGAACCCUGCUCAUGAGUUGAUCGGGUCGGAUAUGGAUUGGGCAGUGCAGCUGCUUUUGGGUUGGGUGGAUCCGAACCAGCUGGCGCUGAUAUGUAAGGAUCAUACCUCUAGUGAAAACGGAAAUAAUAAUAAUAAUAACAAUAAUGAAGGGAAGAAGGUGCAAGCAGCCACGGGUUAUAAUAAGAGUAAGAGGAAGUAUCCGGCCAGAGUUGCGUUUCAUACAAGGAGCACUGAGGAUAUUCUUGAUGAUGGCUAUAAAUGGAGAAAAUAUGGGCAAAAGAUUGUGAAAAACACUACCCAUCCCAGGAGUUAUUAUAGGUGCACAAAUCACACAUGCAACGUGAAGAAACAGAUCCAACGACUGUCAAAGGAUAGGAGCAUCGUGGUUACUACUUAUGAGGGGAUCCAUAAUCAUCCUUGUGAGCAAAUUAUGCACAAUUUGACUCCUCUUCUCAAACAACUUCACUUGCUUUCCGCCCAACAGCUUCUCAUCCAUCCUCACCUAGCUAGCUAACAUAUUUUACAUUAUGUGCCUUAAUUACUUAAUUAAUUAAUUUGGGACACAAUUCCCAAACUGUCUGCAAACAUUGUAUAUAUAAGCAAUCGUAGACGUAAAUGUACAAAUGAUAUCAAGUGAUCCAUAAUUAUUGGUAGUGGUACAAUUUGGUACCUCAAUUAUUGCA